ACACUUCAUUCACACUUUGCUGUGACCCUAUCCUCUGAAUGUGGCAGCAGAGAUUGAGACUCGUCACACCAGCCAACAGUUUUUCUAAUCUUCUAUUGUCCAGGCGUUCUGACUGAUGUCCCACCAGGAUAAGGCCCAGAGGAAUACCCAGGAAACGCCUCGGUGUCCCCUACUGAAGAGCUGGAUGAGGCAGUUGGUUAGAGGGACAUUUAGGCUUCACGUUAGAGACUGCUGCACCUGUGAUCUGGAUAAGCAGUUGAAAAUGGACGAAUGGAUGGAUAUUGUCCCGUUUUGGUGUACAAUAAAAUUUCAGUCUCCGUUUCCUGUUCUAAGCUGACAGGAGUGGCACCUGGUGUGAUCUGCUCCUGUAGCCCAUCUGCUUCUGUGGUUAACUGAAUUACUGUUGCCAUCCUAUCAGCUCAAAGCAUUGUGCGCAUUCUCUGACAUCAACAGGGCAUUUUCAUCCAGAGAACUGCCACUUACUGGAUGUUUUCUCUCUUUUUGGAUCCUUCUCUGUAAACAGACGAGCAGUUUGUGAAAUAUUGAGACCAGUCUAUCUGACAUCAACAACCAUGCUGUGUUUAAAGUCACUUAGAUCAUAUCUUCCUAACUGUGAUGCACAGUUUGAAUUUAUGUCUUUUUGACUGUGUCUACCUGCCUAAAAACGUAUGUCUCCAUAUGAUUGGAUGAUGAAGGAGCAGUUGAACAGCUACCCACUGACUUGGCCCGGGAGUAUACAUAGAGUACACGUUACAUUACAAACAUUUGGAGGUAUGUCUCAUUAUCGGACCAGAACUGAAUAAGCAAACACUUCCUUGAGUUCUAUUUGUGAGCUGUAAGCAGCAGCUUUUGAAAGUACCUUGUGGUUAGUGCAUUGUUGAGCUUGUGGGAACCCAUUGUGAAUGUGCUUUUUUUCAGUUCAAAUUAUUUCUAUCAACAUACAACAGAGACCACUCUAGCAGAAGCCUAUCCACAAAGACUGCAGUCACUGCUGUUUAUUGGAAGGAAAUUAAAUGUUUCCUGUUUCAGGCUUCACCUGUUAGAGGAUUACCUGCUUUCUGGUUUACCUUGAAAUGAGCUGGCAGUAAUGUCUGUAUAUGUGCUGUUGUAUGCAUGCGAUAUCUACUUCGCCUACAGCUCUUCAUAGAAAUUUACAGGAACUGCACAUUUGAUUUGGCUUUGCAAUACCCGUGUAAUUACAUGGGUGGUGCGUGCUGGGUCUUUUUUCAGCAUUUUAAAGUCACACACUGAUAAUUUAUUUAAAAGUGUAAAUGAAAAUGAAAGUAUACCAGCUGAGAUGGAUUAACUGCCUUCAAUGGGUUCAUAUCUAAUGCCAUGUUUUGGACUGCAGCUCAGUUGUGUUUUAGUUUUAUAUCUCAAACCUAGAUAAAUGCAACGAGAGAUGAUUUGUGUGGAGAUAUAAUAGGGAGCACAGAGAAAUGGUAAUGAUGAAAAUGUAAAUAGUGGCCCAGAGCCUGAUGAAAGAAGGUGGUUUCCUAAAAUCUGACAGAGUGCACUGAAGCCAGCUGAUCAGCAGCAGGGGAUGAGGAAGUGGGCGUGUUUCCUCGGUGAGGCUGCUUAGUUUGAAGCACACGCGCACACACCCUUCACUUAUUACUGACGGAAGCAGUUCUAGAAGACGGUCAUCUUUAUUUAUUUAUUUACAGAGCUACAACAAUCCAGAUCAUGGUGGUACCGAACUUGUGUCAAGCAGCCUUCGCGAUGCUUCGGCAGAUCGAGCCGAUCAUCGUGCUCGAGCAGCUGGGCAGCACUCUCUUUGAUACCGCGCUGCAGAUGGUGGUCUGGGACCGCUGUGCCAACGCUACCGACCCGGGCCACUCCAGUGAGGAUGCCCAGCAGAAAGCCAUGACCGACUUCUACAUGAUCAACAACCUCAUUAUCCAGCUGACUCCCAUCUUUCCUGCGCUGUUCCUGGCAAGACUGAGCGACCGCGGCCGGAGGAAAGCCCCCAUCGUGUCCCCCCUCACCGGCUACCUGUUGUCUAGGGUCAUCCUGCUCCUGGUAGUCGUUCUAAAACUGCCGCUGCAGGUGAUGUUCGCGGCGGGGACUGUCCUCGGCCUCUCCGGCGGGUUCACCGCAUAUUGGCCCGGUGUAAUGACUCUAGCUUCGCUCGGCUCCACGGCGGCCGACCGCUCCAAGGUGUUGAUGAAGGUGGAGUUCAUGUACGGGUUAGCAGGCGUGGUGGGCAGCCUCGCUUCUGGCCAUCUGUUCCACCUGUACAGCUCCAGUUUGGGACAUGGGACCAUCCUGCUUAUCAUCAGCACACUGCUGCAUCUGCUCUGCCUCUUACACUCCAUAUUCCUGCUGCAGGUGAAAGGUGUAAGCGAUGGAGAGCCGGAGGAGAACCGCCACCUACUGUUACGCGCCUCCACUAACUCUUCAGUUGUCGAGGCUCCUGUUGAGAUAAACAGAGUGAAUGUGUCUCUGCUGUUUGUGGCUGCCAUCCUGUACGACUUUGCAGUGGGCGGAGCCAUUGAAGUACUGGGCGCCUUUGUGCUGAGAGCACCACUCAGCUGGAACGCCACUCUAGUGGGGUACGGAAAUGCAGCAGGCUGUGUGAUCUUCCUCACCAGUUACAUAGGUGUCAUCGGGUUUCGACGCUGCUGCAGCGACACCUCGCUCAUUCUGAUCGGCAUGGUGUCCUUCGCUGUCGGGAUUUACUUCAUGUCCUUUGUAACGACGACCCUCACUUUCUACCUCGCUCGUGCACUCACCCUGUUUGCUCUCAUCCCGAUGACCACAAUCAGAUCUCUGCUCUCACAGCAGGUCCCAGCUUCUUCAUGUGGCAUGACCCUCACCUUCCUGCAACUCGCUCUGAAGUUUGCCAGCCUGGCGUACAUUCCCGCUUUCACCAAGAUCUAUCAGGGAACCCUGGACUGGUUCCCAGGCUUUGUGUUCACACUAGCCAGUAUUUUCACAGUACUGGGAAUGACACCCAUCAGUAUCAUCGGCUGCAGAUCACCUCAGAGGUGGCAGUAUGAGAAGAUUUAGAGCGGCCGAACCAGUAACAUCAUCACCAGCAGCAGCAGCAGCGAGUGAGCAUUGGUGCAAGGCAGAAGGGAACUGAGACUUGAAACUACUUCCUGUGCUGUUAAAGCAGAAAAAGCAUUUCCUAUCCUACAGGGUUCCUCAGUUAUAAAAGAGGGCAAACAGUAUUUUUACAUCUACAUCUCAAAUAGAUAACUGCCUCACAAAGACAGAAGCUGCCACGGUGAUUUCCACAUAGUUUAGGAUUUGUCACGGACUGCGUUGGCUGCUUCUGUCAGCAAACUGUUACUCACACGCAGUUUUCAGCCAUGGGACAUGUUUUAAACAACUUCGUUAGGAGUUUUGUAUCCUGGAGUCCUCUCAGGAUGUUACUGGAACAGAAAGUUUGACACAAGUUGAUCUCUGUUAUGAAUUCACCUGUUUUUACUUAACUGCCUACUGUUUUUGUAGAUUCGUAAACUAGAAGCUAGAAGUGGAAGUGUGGUUAUAAAAUCAGGGUUUUUUUUGGCUGUUACUGUUUCUGUUUCCAUAUUUAAAGACUUUGCAGUUGUUACUGUACUUGCGCAGUAAUGUGCACAAACUUAAUGAGAGUGCUGCUCUGAUGCCAGCUUAGCUGCAGUUUGGGUUUAGGUCAAAGCUACAUGAAGUGAAUCCAGUUUGAGUCACAGACGGUGUAAACGGUGGACAUGGCCACCGUGAUGUCUCAAGGUGAAGCCUCGAGGCUCGAGAAACCGCACAGUCAUUGGCUAACAGCUUCUGACUGAGUCUAAUAAAGAGGAUCAUUUAUGAAAUCUGAAACUAGCGACAUUUUCUUACAUCAUCUGUACAAGCCCUAACCCUGCAAUGCCAUCUAUAUUUUUUCUCAGACAUGAGUUUAAUGGCCAGCCCCCUGCUGGCCACGAAACGACAAUACAGAUUUCAUCAGACGCAGAAGGCACGCCCAUCUUUUUGUACUGUUUACAUCUGUGUCCUGUUCACAUCACCUUAACUCCUCUAGAGGUCACUGUUUCUGAGGUGUGACUUAAACCUGCUGCAAGCCUACGCUGCGUUUUACGGAAGCUCGACUCUGUCAAAAACAGUUUCUGGCAUCCAGAAAUGGAAAAUUAGAGUUACUAUCUCCAAAAUUUUGGUCUACAAAAUAAAAAAUACAGUUAUUACGUCAAAAUUUUGAGAUAACGAAACAUCGAAUGAGCUCUGCCAAUCAGGGUUUUUUUUUCAGUGGCAGAAACGAGCUUUCAGCCCCAAUACCAAACUUUUUCUCUCUCUUUUUUUUUUAAACAGUGUUGUAUUAAGCUCCCUGAUAUAAUAGCUAAGCAUUACACCAGUGGCAACGGACUAAUUGCAUGCACUGCUUUUUAAAUCAGCAGGGCUUGCAUAGACGCCACUACAGAUUGGGCAACAAGCCCAAAAAAGUUGAAAGAAAAACAUACUCCAUAAGUCUGAUGCGCACUGUUGCACAUUAUAAGACUGAAACACGACGUUCAAUCUGUAAACCAUAACAAAACAUUGCCCAGUUUUCUUUAGAUUGAACCAAUUUUUGCUGCUCAGAGGAUAUUAUUGAUUUUUUAAAUAUCAAAUAUUUUACCACCUGUCUGCGCCCAGUGGCAAACCAAUGUAAAUUAUUAACAAAACAGUCCCCUCUUAAUUUCUUUGCUGCCAGAAACACAAAGACACAGAAAUAAGUUUCACAGGAAGCUAAUGCUGCGUAUUUGACAGAUUAAUCCUACUGACGCAGUUCGUAAGGAAACAAAAGGAAAAAUGUGUUGUGCCUGAAACAUUCAGCGCAACGUUAGCAAACGAUCACAAGUGCGUGGACAAGUGUUCUGUGGAUGGGAAAAAACUGCUGGAUUCUCCCCCGCUCAUGACUCCGUGUAUCAUCACCAUCGGUCAGCUGCUCACAACACAUAUUUUAGGAAAAGCUUUAGGUUUGGUGUCAUUUGACGUUCUCGCACACCGACUACUGGCAGUCUAAGGGAUCUUUUUUGACAUAACUUUUUGUUUGCUUUUAUAUAUUUUUAUUAUCCUUACAUAUUGACCCACUAAUUCAUUUGAUUGUGCUUUAUGUUCAUCUGUCUAAGUCUGAAGGUACUGGUACAAGCACUUUGGGUGCCUAGAAAAGCGCUAUAUAAAUGCAAUCCAUUAUUAUUAUUAUUAUUAUUAUUACAGUUCUGUGCAUGAAUUUAUGUAGAAAUUUAAAGCCAUAUUUUAGUUAUUAGUAGACAUGUUUGUAUAGCUGAAGUAGUGCUUAUAGUACUGAUUGAAGGAAACCAAAUGAAGGGUUUUUUGUAAUAGUCAUUUUGCAUUUGCACAUUAUUGCACUUUUAUUUGUUGACGGUGCAUAAAAGGGGGCUUCUGCUGUAGUUUAAAUGAAAUUAUUAAACAUAAAGAGCAACUUAUGUUGGUGUUUGAGCUGCAAUGACACUAAAUAAAAUCUUUUUGUUAAAUAAACAUUAUUAAGGCUUGUUGUGAUGUUUUUAAAUUGUCUGUAUGAAAGAAUAUUUAAAUAUUCAAUCCUUUCUAAACCUCUUCA